AUGAAAAUAAUUAUCGCAAUUUUUCUCCUUUUCAUUUUGAUUACUUCCGUUGAUUCUGUCGCCUCAAGCAACAUUUUUUCCUCAAUUUUCUCUUUUGGAAAAAAGAAGCCAGCAAGCACUCCGGCCCCAACUUAUUCCAAAGAUUCUUCGUCAAGAUGCAGUUUACAAACAUCACAAUGUUCAGCCUACGAGUGCUGUAAUUCCGAUCAAACAUGCCUUCGUAAUAGAUGUUUCCCAAGACUUUCCAACUGCCCAGUGACAAGGGACCAAUGUGGAAAUGCAUGUUGCAAGACUUCGGAACAAUGCAGAAAUGGAAGAUGUACUCGAUGA